AUGGAUAUUCAUAAUCAGAGUAAAGUAGAUGUCCCGGUAGCAAAUGAAUCAUCAACAAAAGAAGUGACCAAUUCUAAGGAGGAAAGCAAAAACUUCUUGGAGUCAAAGAAACCAAGUCAGUUACUGGAACUGGGAGAAGAGCUCGAAAUUCAAGGGACUGAAGCCAGCGCAAGCGGUAAUGGAUUACCCGAAAUAUCGGAAGAGGAACCCCAAAUCGACAACUCUGUGAUACAACAUAUGAAGAGACUGACGCCCAUUUUUGAUGCAAAAUCUGGGAUUGUUAUAGGAGAGAUUCACGCCCAUGGAUCGGACGAAGACUACAGAACAGCGUCAGGCACAGCUGAAACUCGAACCAGUGGAACAAACAGUGGUACAAAAGUACCCAAAGGGUCACAGAGCUCAAAUGUCGCAGGAAAUUCGAACACCACCACGAGGGACGGAAAUAUUCCGACAUGCAGCUCCGAGAAUCGAACAAAUAAUAUAUUUGGAUUAGAGGUCAUUGACACGGAGAUCACUCUUUUGUCAACGGAGGUAAUCGAGUGCCAGGCCCACAAAUCAAAGUCUGAAAGUGACCUUGAAAACGACUAUUUCACCAGACAUCCACUGAUGCGACUAUUCCUUUGUGGAGCAUGUUCACCGUAUACAACGGGUAACGCGGGGGAGUCGCUAAAAAGUAAGGGGGAGUCGUUUUCAACGUAUGGGGGAGUCGAUUUUCACCGCUUCGGAGUCAGAAGAGAUGUGGGUCACGUCUUUUUUCGGUAUAUGUAAGAUGUAUCUACAAAAACCAACUAGCCCACGGAAGGUAGCAAUAGUUAAGCUUUCUGUUGGUCAUUUGUUCGGCUAGCAUAUACGUCUAGUUUUCUCAAACACUUCGAAACUAUUCGACAGAUUUCAUAUUUACGUUGAUCGAGUGGUUAAAACAUGCAUAGUUUGCGCAAUCUACGACUUGUGUAGGGACUAUGACAGUUAAAACAGCAAAAGCAAACGUUUAUCUUUCAAAUGCAACUAUUCAAACUUGGCUAGACCUGAUAAAAAUUAAUAAUUAAGGCAUUUUUUCGUCAGACAGUAAUGGUUACGUAGGGGGGAGUCGUUUCUGGAAAAACACAACGCAUAGGGGAGUCGCAAAAUAAAGUGAAAUGAAUACCUAACCUGGUGUUGUUUUUAGUUCAAGAAAAUAUCAGCAAUAUACAUGUACAAUUGGAUUAUAUAU